AUGAUAAAGUUACUUAUUGUUAUGCUUUCUCUUCCACAUGUCGCCUUUGCAAUCGUUGGAGUAGUGUUCAAUAUUUCCAAGUUGUAUAUGGAGCUUCCUCCUAUCGAGGCGAUUGAAUUUGCAACGAAAGCUGGUUUCGACGACAAAGGAAGAGCUCUACUAAAAGUACUCUGGCUUUUUGGAAAUCUUUUGUCUGAUGAAGACAAGGAUUUUUUUAAUCGUCUAAACGCCAAAGACUCAGGUACCUUACUGGAAGUUUACUCUAAUACAACAUUCACGAAUGAUGAACAG